AUGUUUGGUUUCGGCGGUAGUAAUAACGGAUUCGGAAACAAACCGGCUGGUUCGACCGGUUUUUCAUUUGGACAGAAUAAUAAUACAAAUACUCAACCUUCAGGUUCAGGAUUUAGCUUUGGAGGUAGCCAGCCAAAUUCUGGUGCGACUGCGACCAGUGGGUUUGGUGCCAAUCAGACCACGAAUACUUUUGGAAGUAACCAACAAAAUAGUACAGGAGGAGGUCUUUUCGGUAAUAAGCCAGCCCUCGGUAGCUUGGGGAGUUCAAGCACCAACGCUUCAGGAACUACAGCUACUGGAACAGGUUUAUUUGGCCAGCAAACAGCUCAACCUCAGCAAUCCACCACUGGAGGAGGACUAUUUGGAAGCAAGCCAACUACCACAACCGGAGGUCUCUUCGGCAGCACUGCACAAAAUAAUAGUACUACAGGCGGGGGGUUAUUUGGUAAUAAAAUCGGGUCCACUGGCUCACUGAUGGGCAGCACUAGUACGCAAAACACAUCUAACAUGAAUGGUGGUGGACUUUUUGGCGCCAAACCUCAAAAUACUACACCGGCUACGGGAGGCUUAUUUGGUAGUAAGCCGCAGGGACCAACAGCUAGUGGUGGGAUGUUUGGAAGCGGCACCCAGAAUAACAAUACCCUUGGCGGAGGUGGCCUUUUCGGCCAAUCCCAGCAGCCUCAAACAAGCACUAUGCCUGGAUUCGGAAAUACAGUGUCCACGCAACCAUCAUUUGCCUGGUCUAAGCCUUCAACUGGAUCUAAUUUACAGCAACAGCAACAGCAACAGCAAUUUCAGGUACCGUUACAACAAACGCAAGCAAUUGCUCAACAGCAGCAGCAGCUUUCUAAUUAUCCCCAGCAGAUUCAAGAACAGGUGUUGAAAUGUAAAGAAUCGUGGGAUCCAAACACAACGAAAACAAAACUGAGAGCAUUUGUAUACAAUAAAGUGAAUGAAACAGAAGCUAUUCUAUAUACCAAACCAGGACAAGUACUUCAAGAAGAGUGGGAUCAAGCAAUGGAAAAGAAACCUUCCCCUCAGACAAUCCCUAUUCAAAUAUAUGGAUUUGAAGGCUUAAAUCAACGCAAUCAAGUACAAACUGAAAAUGUCGCACAAGCUAGAAUUAUCUUGAAUCAUAUUUUGGAGAAGUCCACACAGUUGCAACAAAAGCAUGAAUUGGACACCGCAUCCAGAAUUUUGAAGGCACAAUCAAGGAAUGUAGAAAUUGAAAAGAGAAUCUUAAAACUGGGCACACAGUUGGCAAUCCUGAAAAAUAGGGGACUGCCAUUGGGUAUUGCAGAAGAGAAAAUGUGGUCACAAUUCCAAACUCUACUUCAGCGGAGUGAAGAUCCUGCAGGUUUGGGUAAGACCAACGAACUGUGGGCACGUUUGGCUAUCCUAAAAGAACGUGCUAAAAAUAUUUCUAGCCAACUAGAUAGUAAACUAAUGGUUUUCAAUGACGAUGCCAAAAACCAAGACAGCAUGUCCCAAGGCACCGGUGAAGAAUCUAAUGAUCGUAUUAAUAAGAUAGUGGAGAUUCUGACGAACCAACAGCGGGGUAUAACAUACUUGAAUGAGGUUUUAGAGAAGGAUGCUGUAAUUGUUAAAGAAUAUAAAAAUAAGACGUAA